CAUAAAGUUGUAACACAGUAAUCUGACUAUAGAUGUAUGAAACAAAGGCGUUGGUCGUAAAAACGUCCAGUUGCUAAUUAAUGCAGUUAUUGUCCUGGAGGGGAAGGUGUGCGAAAGAGUGUUUACAGAUAAUUCCGCAACACAGUGGAAAGCCCCAUAGAGUUGCUCCAGUAUGACAAGUUUUCACGUCAGAAAUGGCUGAGUGUCACAGCAAUUACAAAAGUAAAAGCGCAGAACUUGCCGCGUGGAGGGCGGGGUGAGUUGUGCCCCAAAAGCUGUACAGGCGUUCGCCUUUGAGGAUGUGCGGAUGCCUGUUUUAAGUUGCUGGCUGAUUAACUCAUCAUCCCCAAGCUUUUAAAACAUGUUGUAUUUCUUAUUUCUGGGAUGCGCGUUAUUCCCGUGUUUCUUUUUUGGGUGCUCGGUGUGGCUGCGAAGGAGUUUUCCAAGGUGGAGCGAAACUGACGUGAUUGUAAUUAGUAAGAGGUUUGUGUCUGCUACCCAUGCCAUCAUUGCCACAGCAUCUGGUGCUGUUGUUACCGCUUCUUGUAAGAAGGAUGUUAUGAUGGAAAGACACUGGCUUGUUCCGGCAUACCUGUUCCUUGCAAUCCCUUAUAUGGUGUAUGAUAUCUGUGUCAUGUACUACUACCACUGCUGCAAAGAGUGCCAAGAACAAGGCACUCCAAAGCUGAAGAGACACACUUUCAGCAUGAUAUGGAGCUUCUUUAAGAGCGAGCGUUUGAUGGUGCUGCAUCAUCUCAUUGUUGCAAUUAUUUUCUUUCCUACUGCACUGUUUUUGAGACGAGGUCUUGGGGAUUUCCUUGUUGGCUGUUUACUCAUGAUGGAGAUGAGCACUCCGUUUCUGUCACUGGGAAAGAUCCUAAUUCAGUUCCACCUCCAGAACACGCUGCUGUACAAGGCAAAUGGAAUCCUGCUUCUUUUAACAUUCUUCUUUUGUCGGAUUGCUGUUUUUCCCUAUAUGUACUGGGCAUAUGGCAGUCAACAUAGCAUCCCAAUUUACAGGGUUCCAUUCAACAUUCCUGUUUUCUGUAAUCUGGGAAAUAUCUUAUUGCUAUUACCACAGUUACACUGGUUUUAUUUGCUGUGCAGAAAGGCAAAGUGCCUUUUCUACAAGUCAAGAAGUGAAAAAUCUCCAUCUGCAACAGUCUAGAACUACUGCUGGGUAACAUCAACCACGGAAUCAUAUGGACAAACAAAAGCAUACUAGUCUAUCAUUAGUACACCAGCUGUACCCUGGGAGAAAAUGUGCUGUUUUGUCAUAGCUUUUGCAAAGAAAAAAUAUUGUUUUAGAUUUAUAUUUUAGUAGAUAUUGUUACUCAUAA